AUGGCUCCCCCGUCAGCCGGAGUAACGAAGCGCAGGGAGCGCACAUUUGUGCGCACCCGCGCCGUCACGACGCCCAUCGCCGCCUACGCACCGCCGCCCCCACCGCGCCUCACCGGCGCAGGACUCCGGCAGUCCCCUUUCCCGCUGCCCCUACCCCAACUUCCGGGAGCAGGGGUUGCUGCAAGGAGGACUACAAUGCCGCCUGAACAUCUACAGCGACACCCACCGCAGCCCGCGGUGAGGACCACGCCGCCCGUCGCACUCUCCAUGCCCUCACUGGACAUGGAGACAACACCCCCGCGUUCAUACGCGGCGGUGUUAAAUACAAACCCAUCUUCGCCACCGCACGCGCCUCCUCACGCGCCUCCGCGCUCGAUUUUCCGGACGACGCCGACUCCACCGAAGCCUGCACGCCCUCAGCCGCCGCUCGCCCCUGCGAGCAAGAAGCUGCUGCCGAUAGUGGUAGACCAGCUACCCAACUGGCCACACCAUCUCCGCCAGUUGCGGGAUAUGCUGGGCCACGUCCCCAACGCGCGCCCGUACGGGAAGGGUAUUCGCUUCCUGGCGAAGACCGAAGAGGAGUACCGGCUCUACCAGCGCUACCUUGCCAGCUGA